UUGCUUUGAAAAGACCAUUAUACUGGAUAUUAAAGGGUAGUAAUGGCAGAUUCCACUGAAGAAGUUAUUCCCGCUGGUUGGGAGAAGAGAUUGAGUCGAUCAACUGGAAUGCACUACUAUUUGAAUGUGCACACCAAAGAAUCGCAAUGGGAUCUACCAACAGCACCGGCUGAACCCGCAUCAACACAGGGCCCAACAAACAUUCAAUGUUCUCACUUGUUGGUCAAGCAUGCCAAGAGCCGGCGACCCAGUUCUUGGCGCCAAGAAAACAUCACACGUUCCAAGGAGGAGGCACAGAAAAUCCUCGAAGGCUAUCUCCAGCAGGUUCAGUCUGGUGAAGCAACAUUGCAGGAAUUGGCUCAGAAGUUCUCUGACUGUAGCUCAGCCAAAAGGGGAGGAGAUUUGGGUAGCUUUGGUCGUGGUGUCAUGCAAAAAGCCUUCGAAGAGGCUGCUUUCGCCCUCAAAGUAGGUGAACUUUCUGGCAUCGUGGACACUGAUUCCGGCCUCCACAUUAUUCAACGGACACUUUAAAAUUAUUUGCAUUUAAUCUCGCAUUAAAAAAGAAAAACUUUAUUGAAUUUUCUCUAACAAUACACUCGCUCCAGAGGA